AUGCAUCCGAUCGUGCAUCACCCUGUGGUGACGAAGUUAUUAGAACUCUUCGAGAACGCUGAUUUUUCUACACAACUUGCCUCCGAAUUAGCUUCUUUCGGCCAGCGCGAUGAAGGGGUCUGCCUGCGUAUUGACGCCGUGAUAUGCGCUAAGCCAAAUAUCACCGUGGAUGAUGACAAGUCGCUCCCCCUGGGGUGGUUGAGCAUGGAAAAGGAUCGCUAUUCAACCAUAACGCCCAAUCACGCUGCCUUCCUGAACCUCGCGGCAACAUCCAGUUCUGAUCCAUAUGCUCGUUGUGGUGGUUCAGGGACGUGCCCGUCUGCAUCCAGAAACGAGCUUGGCAACCCCAGACACAAGACUGUCAGUGGGCUGCGACCAUCAAAGUCGUCUGCCAUAGCAGUGGUGACAGAGGAUUCAGGGUCUGAUAGUGAUACUAAUACUGGGGUUCGUCUGCGACCAUCCAAUGUUAGAAUCGAACCUUCAUUUCGGCAACUUCACAGCGAUACUCGCUUUCCGCAGCGCAAGAGACCCACGAAAAGCACCACCGCGCCCACUUUACAGCCCUCGACCAUUGAUAAGCUCGUUUCAGGGAUCUGGCGUCAGGUGCACUCUCCAGUCAACCUGAGCGUUUCAUUUCCGGACCGUAGAACAGAAUUCAGUCUCCGGACUGGUGUUAGUCAAGCAGUUUUCCAAGAAAUCAACGGUCUAUGCAAAAAAUACUAUGACCAGAGCCGGUCAUCGCGGGCUUUGGAAAUGGUAGUGCAGGCUUACUGGGUGGAAUGCUAUGAAGCAAGAAUUGCAUCCAUUCGUCUUGAUUGCCCGACCUAUACGAACGCCGAAGCUCGAAUGGCAGCCCUAAAAGAAGCCUGCAACACACUAGGCUGGCAGGAAAAGGAGCUCAGAAACAGGAUGGCUGUUUGGCGUGGCUACAAGGAAAUAAAAGAUUCUGGGGGCUGGGCUAGCCUGAUCUUUGCUGGAUCCGGGGUUUAUCGCUUCUGCAAAUAUAGGAUCGGCUUUGACAAUGGCCUUACUACUCGAUUGCGCCAUACCGCUUUUAGUCUUGAAGUUGCCGCCGAUACUCUCCAUCCUGGAUGGCGAGACCUUCUCCAUGUUAUUAACCAAAAUGAGUCAUGUCGGUACUCCGGUCACCCUCAUGAAUGGGUCACAGUUGAUACUGGGCCAGCGCUGCCACUCAAAAGCACUUAUUCCCACCUGGCGUUAUCCAAUGGCUUCAAUUACGAGUUUGUGGACGACUGUAUGAUCGACCGAGAAGUGUUUGGGGAAGAUGACCCUCGACGCGGGCUAGGCAUAGACCCUGGUAUUUGCCAAACGUGCAAGGAACGUCAGUCUGAUGAUGGGAUCAGCAACCACUGUUCUUGUUUCCCGUCUUUGUUUGGUGGUGUUCGUCAUCCUCCUCCCGUCCAAUUAUAUCACACUGCUAGUGGGAAGAACAAUGGGGUGAUCGCCCGCUGUCCAUUCGAACGAGGCACGGCUAUUGCCGAAUUUGUCGGUCUCGUCACUUACGGGAUUGACGGUCUAGACGUGAUGAUAGGCGGAACACAAGAACGACCGUAUCAGAUCUUCCAAGGACAAAAGGGCAAUUUCACUCGUUUUAUCAACCACUCGUGUCGCCCCAAUAGCCAAUUCCAGAGGUUCUAUUGGCGCGGGAUAGAACGCAUACUUGUGGUCUCUCGCGGCGUGUCCGCCGGCAGUGAAAUAACGGUCAAUUAUUCGGAUUCCUACUGGAGAAAGCUUCAGAAAAACUGUUUAUGUGGGGAGCCCGGCUGCCGUUUUGCUCAUCGAAUUGAGACUAAUGCGGCGAGCUUGCCAUCUCUGCAAGAAGCAUGA